AUUUCGUCCUCCUGACUGCUUGUUCCUCCUGACAAACUCUCCUCUUCCCCCAUGACAUGACGAUAUCGCCUUUUUGCCUCCCCUCAACAGCACUUACGGCAGCGUCUUGGAUGAUUCCCCAUCAGCUAUAGCCAUGCGACCGCGAUUAUUCUCAUCCGAAUCAGAAGGGCGGCGACGAAUCAGUUGAGACCAGCACCCGGGCGCGUUGUCGCCAUGGCGCAUCACAGCCUUUUCUUGCGUAUCCUCUACAGGUCCCUUUACCUGUUCCUCUACGUCGUGCUUUGCGGCCUGCUUCUCAUUACCCCGAGCGACGCCAUCCAGCGAUCCGUGGUCAACAGGCAGUGGUACAACAUCUGGAUCAUCGCGUCGGGCUAUGUCGUCACAGUCUUCAUCGUCGGCUUUGUCUACGUUGUGCGGCUGUACGUCAAUCGGACGGUGCUGGCGUCGAUCCCCAAGUCAUGGGUGCCCAUCGACAAGGGCGAUGUCAAGGAGGCGGUUUAUAAGAUGAUUGGGGCUGGGCUGAGUAAGAGCUCGGCGAUUGCGUAUGCUGCGCGGCCAAGGGUUGACGAGGAGAUGAUGGGGGACGAUCAGGAUGAAGACGAUUUGGAAGACGAAGCGCGCACACGAGCAAAACUGAUGGCGUGGAACGAGGAAGCGCUGGAAAGAGACGAGCCGAUCCCCAUGCCGCCGCAUCGUCCUGUCUGGGGCGUCAUCGAACACGGCGGCUGGGCGUCUCCCAACUCGCCUGAUCUUGCCAACCUGCAGUACAGCAGCGUCGUUGCUGAAGUUCCGAAUCUCAUAGAGGCGCAAGCGCUUCGACUUGCGCCGUCGGACCCGACCUCUCAAACCGACCCGCCGAUGCUGGAUCCCGAAGCUGCAGAAUUAUUGCAAAGACUCCCCAGCAUGAGUCUACGAGACUACUUUGGGCAUUUGGCCAGUCUGGGUGUUGCCGUCAUGGAUGAAACGGUGGCCGAGUUCCUAUCGAAAUACGAAAUAGCUCGUUUCUCUACGAAGCCAAUUUCUAACGCCGAGUUCCGCGAGUUAAUGCAUCUCUUUGCGGAAAUCUUACGAUCGAUACAGCCUUUGGACCCUACUGUCUUGGAUCACCUGUAUGAAGAAGAUGAAGAGGAGGGGGGGAGGAUGCAUAGGACAAUGACACCGGAAAGCGACAUCGACAACGAUGCGCCUGCGGAAACGAUUCCGUCUACUCCAAGAACUAUAUCACGACCCUCCACAGCGAGUACUCAGCGCUCUGUUCAGAGACGGACAAGGCGGCGCACCAACACAUAUCGUACGGCGCCGAGUACGCCCGGUAGCAGAAGACACAUGAAUAUGACACCACACAGCGCCAGCACCAAUGGCUUGGCGCAGAUGCGACGCACUUAUACCUCCAGCCAGCAUUCAUCAGCCGCCAGCCUGCGAUCCAAGUCGUCGGAUGGCUCAGGAUCCGUCAUCCGUCUGGCAGACAGCGGGGACGUUAGUGACUUGCCAUAUAUUCUUUCCUUGACGGAAUCGACGGCGACGAGAUAUUGAGUCCCAGGCUGGCCAGGGAGAAAUUUCACGACUACUACGUUGCGAUGGGUUUUAUCAAAAAUAGACUGUAACUUUUUAUCGAUGAAGGCUCCAGAGGCCAGAGAGGAUACGGGAGUAUGAAAAGCAUAUCGAGUACCUUUGUGAUUUUAGACGAAUAAUAAUAUAUACAUAAUUUCAUUGGCUCAAUUGGCC